AUGGCGUCGUCCGGACGGCCGCACGAUGUGUGUCCACGCGUUGCAAAACAAGGAAAAAAAAGGAAACAGCGCGCAGUUUCUGAAACUUCUUCGAGUGAAAGCGACUACGAAUUGGAAAGUGAUUCUGGUGAGUCGUUGAUUGAUUAUUUGACUUCAGAUGAGAGCGACACAGAGAUUGAUGAUGAUUUCGACACCGCACGUGUGUGGACGAAGAUCGACGUGGGCGAUAUUCCUCGUGCGCCACCUCGUUUCCCUUUUGUGGGAUCACCGGGAUUCAAGGGCCACCUGGAAGAAGGUGACGGCGCUGUCGAAUAUUUUGAACAGUUCUUCGAUGAAGAGCUGGUCGACCUGAUUGUCGCAGAGACCAACCGCUACGCAACCCAGUUUCUUCGGUCGCACCACGCUUCCCACAUCAAAACAUGGAGACAGAUCAACAAAAAAGAACUGAUGACCUUCUUCGCGCUCAUCAUUCUGCAAGGGGUCAUUGAGAAACCAGACGUGAAACCUUACUGGUCAACAAGAGAGGUUCUCCGCACGCCUGCAUUCGGAGACGUGAUGAGCCGCGACCGCUUCAUGCUGAUAAUGAAAUUUCUACACUUCACUGACAACGAGGCGCCAGUCGACGGGCACCCGAACCCGAAGCUUAGAAAACUGUGGCCCGUGCUCACCAGAAUGACCGAGAUGUUUCAAACUCUCUACACACCAGAGCGAGAUGUGUCAGUUGACGAGAGCCUUCUUCGUUUCAAAGGCAGGCUGUCUUGGAAACAGUACAUGCCACUGAAACGUGCCCGUUUUGGCGUCAAGUUUUUCGUACUGUGCGAGUCCUCCAGUGGUUACAUCUGGAACAUGCUUAUGUACAUGGGAAAGGUGCUGUUGUUGGUGACGCAGAUGUGGCCAUGGGUACACGUGUGGUAUUGUCCCUGA